AUUUUUCUUCUGCUUCCAUACCCACUUUUCUCUUUCUCUCUCUCUCUGGACAAAAGAAAGAGAAAGAGAAAGAGAAAGAAAGAAACCAAAGAAAUGAGUAGGCUUGCACCAUUGUCAGAAGAACCCAUAAACGAAGAAGAAGACAAGAGCAACAACUGCUCAAAGAAAGGUCAGUCAUGGAAGAACUGGCUCAAGUCUCAUUUCCCUCUUGUCUUCAACAAAAAAUCUGACCUAAAGAUCCUCUUAAGUGUUCUUGGUUGCCCUCUCUUUCCUGUCUCCGUUCAUCCCAAACUACCCAUCAAAGAGGUAUGCUCCUCGGCCCAGUACAUUAUACAACACUUCACUGCGGCAACCGGUUGCCGGAAAUUAGAAGGGAGGGUCAAGAACAUAUUUGCCACCGGAAAAGUGGCAAUGGCUAUGGUGGAUGAGCUAGGCGGCUCACCCGGUUUGGCAGCCGGAGCCACUGGUGAUGCACAAAAGGGGUGUUUUGUAAUGUGGCAAAUGUUCCCUAAUAAGUGGCUAAUUGAGCUAGUUGUUAGUGGCCAUAAGGUUGUAGCCGGUAGUGAUGGUAAUGUGGCUUGGCGCCAUACUCCGUGGCUUGGCGCUCACGCGGCUAAAGGUUGCCUACGUCCUCUUCGCCGGACUCUUCAGGGAUUAGAUCCAAUGGCAAUAUCAGCAGUGUUCUCUCCAGCACAGUACAUGGGAGAGAAAUGCGUCUCAGGAAUUGAUUGUUUUGUACUGAAAUUGUCUGCUGAUCUAGCAGACUUAGCAGAUAGAAGUGAUAGCACAGCAGAAAUGAUCAAGCAUGUAGUGUUUGGUUACUUCAGCCAGAGAAGUGGACUGCUGGUUUAUCUAGAAGACUCAUACUUGACCAGAAUUCAAUCACCAGGAUCCUACCCUACAUACUGGGAAACCACCAUUGCAACGAAAGUCGAAGACUACCGGAUGGUAGACGGAGUGAUGAUCGCACACGGUGGUCAGUCUAGUGUAAUGAUCACAAGAUUUGGAGACAACUUAAAAGCAGGCCUUUCCAUUACAAGGAUGGAGGAGACUUGGAGCAUUGAUGAUAUAGCUUUUAAUGUUGAAGGGUUAUCUAUGGAUUGCUUCAUUCCUCCUAAAGAAGUACAAAAAGAUUAUCCUGAGGAGGAGAAGAUUGAUUGGAGAUCACCAUUGCAUAGAUGAUCAUAUUGAAUCUUUUAAAUACUUUAUAUACAUAUAAAUGUUGGUACACUUCUAUCAGCACAAUAGUUAGAGGAUUAUUGUCCUUCUUCUUAAACUGUAUGUACAUAGACAAGAGACAAGAGUCAAUGUGCAUCUAACAUAUAUACUCUCUUUUAAGUUGUUUCAUUUUGUUUCCUUCAAGAAGACUAAAUGUAUCAAAAAUGGGUUAUGGUAAUCAAUAUUUUUGGCUUGCUUAGUUAGUACUA